CGGAGCCGGGCGGGGCAGCAGUUCCUUUUCGGGCCUCGCUUGACGCGCAGACGGGCUCGGAGCCGCCGCCGAGGAAGACGCAGGAGCCCCCUUCGCCGCCGGAGCCACCCCCAAGGCCCAGAGCAGCCUCCAGAACCCGCCGACAGUCCCUCGCCCUGCCUGCUUGACUUCCAGCGCCAUGGCAUCUGGUGUCGCCGUCUCUGAUGCAGUCAUCAAGGUUUUCAAUGAGAUGAAGGUGCGCAAAGCUUCCAGCCCGGAGGAAGUGAAGAAGCGCAAGAAGGCUGUCAUUUUCUGCCUCAGCGAAGACAAGAAGACGAUCAUCCUGGAGGAGGGGAAGGAAAUCCUCGUGGGGCAAGUGGGCGACACCAUCGAAGACCCUUAUUUGCAUUUCAUCAAAAUGUUGCCUGAACACGACUGCCGCUACGCCCUCUAUGAUGCCACCUAUGAGACCAAGGAGAGCAAAAAGGAGGACCUUGUCUUCAUCUUCUGGGCGCCUGAAUGCGCACCCCUGAAGAGCAAAAUGAUCUACGCCAGUAGUAAGGAUGGCAUGAAGAAGACAUUACCAGGAGUCAAGCACGAGUGGCAAGCGAACUGUAUGGAGGAAGUGAAGGACCGCUGCGCCCUGGCAGAGAAGUUGGGCGGCACUUCCGUCAUCACCUUGGAGGGCAAGCCCUUGUGAGCCUCCCCUUCCCCACUGUCGUGCCAGCGUCUCCGGAGCUUCCAUGUCUAAUGACCCUGUGCUACCAUUUGGGGUUUUGUGGGUUGGGGUUUCCUUUAUAGUUACGUUCCAGUUUUCUACUUUUCUCCCCCCCCCCCCCCCCCCAAUUUCCCUCUGGUGCUCCCUCCUGUUUAUAAUAAUGAUAAUAAUGAAAAAUAUAGAAGCAGCCGCCCCCAACCUUUGCCGCUGCUGUUGAAACUUGCCAAACCAGCUCCAGCUCCUUCUCUCCUUCCUUUUUCCCAGCCUUCAUUCCCAGCCACAUUCCUUGGGGGGGGCUUCCAUUCCUCUUUUUCCCCAUUGGGACCAUCUCCGCUUCCUCCAUUCCACUCUUGAGCAGGGAUCCGCUCCUGGCCGAGGGCUUGGGCAGGGAGGGCAUUUGAGGCUCGGGGGGCUCACACAAGGCCCCCUAUUAAUUCCAGGAUUAGUCUUUAUCAUUCCCAGUGUGUAAAUUUUUUUUUAUCGGUUCCUCCCCCGUAUGUGUGUUUUUGGAAAAAACCAUGUGGAAUGGCAGCUGUGUUCUGGCCCCUCCCCUCCCCCGACCCCCCCUCCCCUUUAACUGCCGUAGUGGCUUUGUGCUUGUCUGUAAUAACUGUGUAUAAAUGAAAUAUUGUGGAGAAAGCUGCGCCCAUCUCAGUAUCAGGGGUGGAAUUAACAGCAACAACAAUGAAUCAUAAAUAAUGGAAGCAGCACCAAUGACCUUCAAUAAAAAAAAUAAUGCUA